AUGAGUUGGAUGUUCCUCGGAGACUUCCUAAGUGGAGUAAAUAAAUAUUCAACUGGAAUUGGUCGAAUCUGGCUAACUGUUGUAUUCAUAUUUCGCUUGCUGGUCUACAUGGUAGCUGCAGAACAUGUUUGGAAAGAUGAAGAGAAGGAGUUUCAAUGCAACAUUAGGCAGCCUGGUUGUGAAAAUGUCUGUUUUGACUACUUCUUCCCUAUCUCCCAGGUUAGACUUUGGGCACUGCAGCUGAUCAUGGUCUCUACUCCUUCUCUUCUUGUUGCUUUGCAUGUGGCCUACCGUAAGGCCCGAGAAAAAAGGCACCAAAAAAAAUUUUAUAUUAGUCCAGAUAGUAUGGAUGGGGGCCUGUGGUGCACUUAUGUCAUCAGUCUUGUUUUCAAAACUGGAUUUGAAAUUGGCUUUUUGGUUUUGUUUUACAAGUUGUAUAAUGGAUUUAGAAUACCUCAUCUUGUGAAAUGUGAUGUAAGGCCUUGCCCCAAUAUUGUGGACUGCUUCAUCUCCAAGCCCACUGAGAAGAAAAUCUUCCUUUAUUUCUUGCUAGUCACAUCAUGUCUAUGCAUUGUGUUGAAUAUUGUUGAACUAGGCUAUUUAGUAUUUAAGAGUUUUGUGAAAUGCUAUCUUCAACGAUAUGCUCAAAAUUUUAAAUCCUCAGAUUGUAAAUGUCAUAACUUUGACUAUGUCACAUGCAAUGAGAUUGAUGUCCCUAAUCUGCUCCAGAAACACAAUUCUCACUGUUCCAGAAGCAUUCCUCAAAAACUUGAAAGAAGUAGUUUGCAAGAGAAGUAAAAAAAAAAAAAAAUUGCAGAAUGCUUUCAUAAGCAGGAUUUAAAUUGACAACCCAGAGUAUCUUACAUUAGAUGCUUUUAUUUUGUGACAUGAGAAAAAGGAUAUGUAAAGUAUAUCUUCAAUUGUAAAUAUAGUAAUUGGAUUGCUGUUUUUGUUUAUUCUUAU